AUGGGCGCCAUGGAUUGGAAGUAUGUCGGAAACGAGAUGCACCGGCGAAAGUGCAGGGGCAAAGAAAGCAAGGUCUACCUCUCAGGCAUACGUCUGCGUCCGAAGACCAUCGAAAGGGGGGUUUUGAGAUACUGCUACGAGACUGCCAUCGAGAAGGCCAUGUGCCGAAAGAUGUACCCGAACCGCCCAUGCCGGAAGAUCAGCCGCUUCUCGUGUGUACACCAGCGCCUGAAGAGAUGA